AUCUUUGUGAACGCUGUACGCGAGCGACUCGUCAUUGAAGGCAAUAUCUUUGGCGAUCUCAUGGCCAUCAAUAUUCAGCGUGGUCGGGACCAUGGCCUACCAGGUUACACCAAAUAUCGAGAAGUGCUUGGAUUGGGAGCUGUUAAUUCUUUUGAUGACCUUUCGGAUACUUUCUCUUCAGAGCAGAUUGCAAGAUUUAAGUUAGUAUACAAAAAUGUCAAAGAUGGGGAUAUUUUUCCCCUCAGCAUAUCAGAGGUCCCCAUGAAUGGAAGCGUGCUUGGAAGCGUCAAUACCCAUAUUAUACUAAAGCAGUUUGGAAAGUUCCGCUCUGGUGAUCGCUUUUGGUAUGAGAGAGAUGACCACUUGACCGGCUUUACGCUCCAACAGCUGGAUGAAAUAAGAAAAGUUACUUUGGCUAGAGUCAUGUGCGACAAUCUUGACGGGGCCACCCGCAUUCAGCCUUGGGUAUUC